GCCUUUCAUCAUCCAUUAGUCGGAGCUGAUAUAAGCAGCUGCCGCCUACCAAAUGGGGAAAAACUGUGAAGAUCACAAACCCCAAAGCCAUUAAAGAUCCGGUGGGUUCCAUUUUUGCAGGCGGAUUUCAGCACUAAAAGAUACAUGUGCAUAGCGGUGUUUAUGUGGGAGACCCACCCACUUUACCCUUUCGUUUUGCUUUUCAACAGAGACGAGAAUCACAAUCGGCCGACCGAGCCAUUGAUUUGGUGGGAAGGUGGAGAGAUUCUGGGAGGGAGAGAUGGGCAAGCUGGUGGGACAUGGCUGGCUUCUUCGAGAGAUGGAAGGAUCGCUUUUCUCACCAAUUUUAGGGAACUUCAAUCGAUUCCUCAAGCUAAAAGCAGAGGGAAUCUCCCUGUUGAUUUCUUAAAGAGUAAGAAGAAGCCCAUUGAAUUUGCAGAAGAAGUAGUGGAGGAGGUAGAUCAGUAUAAUGGGUUCAACCUAAUACUGGUCGAUAUUCGUUCGAAAUCCAUGGUUUAUCUAACGAACCGACCGGAAGAAGACGGCAACUUUGUUACAGAGGUUUCGCCUGGGAUUCACGUGCUAACAAAUGCAAAUCUGGAUCCACCUUGGCUCAAGGCUCGACGAUUGGAUCGAAAUUUUAGGGAAGCGUUGGCUAAAUACGGUAACGACGAUGAACUUCUGGUUAAAGAGAUGGUUGCCGGACUAAUGACGGACACCACUACAGAUGAUAUAAGCUCAUUACCUCAAAUAUACCCCCCCCCCCCCGAGGCUGAACAUCCUACGAGUGCCAUUUACAUAGAUACCACUCGUUCUCAGGGGCGUUAUGGAACGAGAUACCAGUCAGCGUUGACGGUGAAAUCGGACGGCGAGGUGUGCUUUUAUUUAAGAUAUUUGGACAAGGAUCUAUGGAAAGAGCAUACUGUAACUUACCAAAUAAGGAUGACAACAGAGUAGAUUAUUUUGAUCCGAACUCGAUCUGAUUUUAGGAUAUGAAAUUAUCUAGAAUUGCAUAGUUUCACAUUUCAUAAAUACAGUACUUCAGCAUCAAACAUGCAAAACCCAGAUUUUGCAGCUCAUUUACUGGCAGUAACACCACUCUU